GGAUCAUUUCGGAUUUUAGCGACGCGCCGGUCUGAAACCAGUCCGCCGGUUCUCGAUGCCGCACCCAGCGGUGCGGGAGAUGGAGACCACGCUGAUGCCGAACCACUUGCCAUUGGAGCACAUCCAACUGGAUAUGAACCAAGAGGACUACGACAUGCGCAACGAGGAUCUGACGCCGGGCCCGGGCGCCUUCACCUCGCCGCCUUCCAACUGCCCGGCGGGGGCGGUACAGCACCCGCAGAAGUGGAGCGAGGACCAGGUCCGCGAGUGGUGGGAGAAGCGCACCAAGAGGCGGCCCAACGUCGAGGGUCUCUCCAAGGGCACCGACGGCCGCAACAUCAUGCGCUGGAACAUGAACCGUUUCGAGCAGAUGACGAAAGGCGACAGCCACCUUGCCAUGGCCCUCUACCAGGACCUCCGGAACGAGGUGCAGCGCUUCGAGCACUUCCGGAAGACUGGGGUUGUGCUGAAGGCGUCACCCAUCGCGGUGCCGGAGAAGCGCACGUCCAAAAAGGAGAACUUUCAGCCCCCGGUGAGGCGCGAGGUCACGGAGGUGAAAGCGGCCACCGCACCGCGUGAGAAGCGGCCAGCUGUGGGGCUGAAGAAGGAGCCCAGCGUGAAGCGUGCAGUGCCCAAGGCCAUGCGACGCGCCUCCAGCAACAGCGGCACCAAGAUGACCCACGCCGUCACCACCAAAUCCGAGGGAGCUCCGGAGCGGCUGGCCUGUGCGCGGGCGCGCUCCAGCUCGCGGCCCAGCCCGGAGCGGAAGUGCAAAUCCAUGCAGCCGGAGCCGGAGCCGGAGGAGCGGCGGACCAUGGUGAUGGAGGACCUGGCGGACGCGGCGUUGCACCGGCUGAGCUCUCCCACCAAGCGGGAGGUGUCCAUCCACUCGGCCCGGUCUCACAAGAGCGAGCCGGAGCGCAAGGCCGAGGAGGUGUCGCGGCGGCCCAAGUCCGCGCGACUGAAGGCCGACAAGGAGGACGAGGAGGAGACGAGGCAGAUGUUUGACAAGCGGGAGUUGCGGAAGCGGCACAAGGACCUCUUUGAGGACUACGUGCAGCGCUGGCGACAGCGCCAGCCUGAGACCCCACCCAACGAGGCGGAGCCCUGCCGGGUCCGCGUCUACGUGCGGAAGCGCCCGCUCUUCGGGUACGAGCAGGAGGCCGAGGAGUUCGACGUGGCCACAGCGAAGGGACGGAAGAUCGUGAUACACAACUGUCUCACUAAGGCAGAUCUGAGAUCUCUAUUCAUCUCGCACAUGGGAUUCCAGUUCGCAGAAGUCUUUGGCGAGGCGGCGUCGGAUGAGGAGGUCUACCAGUCGACCGCCUGCCCCGCGGUGCAGCACCUCCUGCAGAACAAGGUGGCUACGCUCUUCAUGUUCGGCCAGACAGGCAGUGGCAAGACCCACACCAUGGGGGGCCUAGUGCAGCGAGCCGCGCAGCACAUCUUCCAGCAGGAGCCCACCGUGACGCUCACGGCCUUCGAGAUCGCUGGCAAGGUGAUGAGAGACCUCCUGGAUCACACUCACAAGGAGAAGGAGCUGAAGAUCCGCGAGGACAAGGGCGGCAACACCCAGGUCUUGGGCCUCCACUCCUUGGAGGCCUCCAGCCCCGAGCAGCUCCAGCGCUUCAUGACGGAGGCGCAGAAUGGCCGUGCAACCCGCGCCACCCAGGUCAACGAGACCUCGUCCCGGUCCCACGCCGUGUUCCAGAUCCGAAAGGCGGACAGCACUGCGACCCUCACGCUGGUGGACUGCGCGGGCAGCGAGCGGCGGGAGGACACCACCAACCACGACGCCCGGAGUCGCAAGGACGCGGCGGAGAUCAACUCCUCCAUCCACGCCCUCAAGGAAUGCUUCAGAGCCAUGCGCUCUGCGAAAGGUCAGCCUCCGUACCGGGAGAGCCUCCUCACGCGCGUCCUCUCCGAUAGCUUCUCCAGUGAUGAGGCCAUGAUCGUGGCCAUCGGCACCGUGAGCCCUGCUGCCAAGGACACAGAGCAUUCCAUCGGCACCCUGCGGGCACUACAGCAGCUGCAAGGAACGCAGAUGACGCUGGAGGAGCGCGAAGACGUGCUGAAGCCCAAGGUAGAGGUGGAGAAGGAGAGCCAUCCGAAGACCUGGUCGGAAGCGGAGGUGAGGCAGUGGGUGGAGGAAGCUGCCGGCGGCAGGGCGAAGCAGUUUGCUGCUUCUGUGUCCAAGGGCACCGAUGGCAAGAACCUGCUGCGGUGGCCGGCUCAGCGCUUCGUGCAGCUCUGCGAAGGGAACGAGGACCUGGGUAGCAAGCUCUACCAGGAGCUUCGGGUGAAGAUGAGGUGAUUUGCGGCAGCGCGGCCAUAGCGCGAUCGGCUGAGACAAAUCCCAGAGGCUUGCGUGGGUUGCGUGUGCA